GAUAAAGGUCUAUUCAAAUGCUGCCAUAUGUUUGCCUCAGUGCUAAACUAUUGUAACCUUAUAUAUAACAGUCAAUGUGUGCUAUUUUUGAAUUAUCUAUAAAAGAAGCAGACACGUACCACGUUAAAGAUUUCACAGCGUACUAUUACUAUCUGAACUAUGACUUUAGAUACCGUAUAUCUUAAAGUCAUUGUAGCAGUGGUAUUUCUACCAUUGUUUGCACGGGGCUUCUUACUGAAUGACAAUACUACUACAAAUUCACCCGAUUUUCAACAGAAUCCGACACUAGCAACUGCAGGGGUUAUUACAGACUCUGGGAAGAAAAAUGGAACAACGAAAUCAGUCGAUGCAGGUAUAAAUGUUCCAACAAGAAUGUCAACCACAGUAAACGAUAGUCAUACAUCCAGCACGAUAGCUACAGUUCCUACGAGUGUGCCGGUGACAUUAUACGUAAAUAGCACGUCUACGAUAUCAUCUCUUGUUCCUACGAAUGUGCCGGUGACAUUAUACGUAAAUAGCUCGUCUACGAUAUCAUCACCUGUAUGUGAAGACACAAUAGAUACCUGCAGUCAGUACGGAAGAACACCAUGUACCGAGAAGACCUACGAGGCCUGGGCAAAAUCACACUGUGCUCUAUAUUGUGGAUUUUGCACACCACCAAUUCCAGCGAACCAAUUUUGUGAGAAUAAACUAUCAAACUGUGCCGAAUAUGAUUCCGGUAAUCUUUGUACUGAUGACACAUUUUACACAUGGGCGUAUGACAACUGCAAAGGAUACUGCAAAUUUGAUAUCUGUAAUGAUAGUUGGUGUGAAGACAGUAAAGGUGCAAAUUGCCCACUUCUUGACUCAGCACUCAAUCUUUGCUCAGACAUUCCAAAAGCUAAACGCAUUUGCAGGAAAUAUUGCAAUCUAUGUAAUGUCACUGACGGAAAGUGGUGUUCAUGGGGUCCUUGGAACAGCUGUGAUGUCACAUGCGGGAAUGGAACUCAAAUACGAACAAGACAAUGCGCUUGUCCUAAGCCGCAAAAUGGAGGCAAUGACUGUGUUGGAGAUUUUGAAAAUUCAAAAACGUGUUCACUAGACCGCUGUCCAGUGCAUGGUGGUUGGAGCACGUGGUCCGGCUGGGGUACCUGUGGGAUAGGAUUAAGAAGACGAGACAGGCACUGUAAUAAUCCAUAUCCAUCAUUGUUUGGUGACCACUGUUUCGGUGAUAACAUAAACUAUGAUGUUUGUGCUGUGGAUAUGUGCUCAAGCGGUAACUGGACAGAAUGGGGAGAAUGGGAUGCCUGUAGUGUAACAUGUGGCGUCGGUCUGAGAAGAAGAGAACGUAACUGUACAGUGUCAAGUUUACUUCUCCAAGCAUGCGCCGGAGAUAAGUUUGAAAAUGAAAUAUGUAGUUCCCUUGCGUGCCAAGGGCAACUACUUGGUACUGUUGUGAACGGAGGCUGGUCUUCUUGGUCGAGCUGGACAUCUUGUUCCGAAUAUUGUGGUGUAACAUCAAUGAAAGCUAGGACAAGAACUUGCACCCAUCCUUCGCCAUCACAGUACGGACGUGCCUGUAUCGGCAACUCAGAAGAUAAAGAUAUAUGUGACACAUACAUUUGCCAGUCAUCUGUGCGCUUGGUAAAUGGAACACAUAGGUAUGAAGGGAGACUGGAAGUGUAUCACAAUGGAGAAUGGGGAACUGUUUGUGAUGAUGGAUUUGGGACAACAGAAGCACGAGUAGUUUGUAGAAUGCUAAACUUACCAUGGGAUGCUGUACACGUUUAUUCUAGCGCCUAUUUUGGACAAGGAAUAUUUCCUAUAUUAUUGGACGACGUAGAUUGUACCGGCUCGGAGAUGAGCCUGAGUGACUGUUCGCAUCCAUCUUGGGGCUCAAAUAACUGCGGUCAUGGUGAAGAUGUUGGAGUUUCCUGUCUGCCAAGUUUGCACAUUCGUCUUGCUGGAGGCAGUACUUCCCAAAGAGGACGCGUAGAGGUGUCUGCUGAUGGUAGCCAUUGGGGUACAGUGUGUGACGAUGCAUUUAAUAACAACGCCGCUAAAGUUGUGUGCAGAAUGUUAGGUUAUCCAACGUCUAACGCACGAUAUGACACCAGCGUCAGUCAAGGCACUGGACCAAUAUUUCUGGAUGAUGUCGUUUGCACUGGGUCAGAGGAAUCCCUACUGUUGUGUAAACACAGCUCAUGGGGUGAUGAAAACUGUGGCCACGGUGAAGAUGUCGGAGUAGUGUGUGCUUAGAAACGAGCAUACAAUUAUAUUUCUACGGAACUUUCAAUUAUUACUGAUCUGUCAAAAAAGAAACAUUGCUUCCUAAUAUAAUUUGUUGUUUAUGAUCUUGCGCUAACACGUACAUUAAGCUCGCAAGUACAGGUAUUCUCGUAACAGAUGAAUGUACUCUCGGUCCGUUCCUUAGUUACGGAAGUUAAAUUUCACGCAUGCAAACUUUACACAGACUGUAAAAUACAUUAAAGUUAUAUCACACUUCAAUCCGUUUGGUCAAUAUGAAUCUGUAUUGUAAUAUAUCAUCAACGAUAAAUGCAACACCGCAAUUCUAAUAGACUUUAAACAAAGAGAGAUUGCAAUGAAAUCUUUAAAAAUGCUGGCGUUCUAUAUACCAAUGGGAAGUUUGACCUUGUUAGGGCCGUGUGUAGAACAAGUAUUUCUUAAAUGUCUAUGUCACAAGAAAUUUAUAGAUAUUGCACUUUUUGCUAAGGUCAUAUUUUAUUAACCGUAUUUCGGUUAUGGUGACUUGACAUUGAAAUGGUAAUAAGGUUCAACCUCAAGUCAUAAGGGGUGAAAAAGGUUUUUGGAAAUGAAUUUUCUUGGCAGGACCAUGUUAUGAUUUUCCAUUAUGACAAUUAAGAUAUCGCAGUGCAUUAC